GGCAAAGUUCAAGAGCUCAAAGUGGCACUCAACUGCUCCGAACAAAAAGGCUACAUCUCCUGAUAUUGGACAACUUAGUCACGUCGAAAUUGGUCGACUAUUUGGAGUUCCAUAACCGUGGAGCAUGGUGCGUGACAGGAACGUAUGAUUUGCUUGCGCAUGCUGAGACAUGUGGAAACGUGGUGCAAUUUUCAUGGCUUUCAGACAAGCAGCACAACUCAAACCGCUGGCAAACCGCUGGCGAACCGCAUCCUUCGCAAUUUUCACCAUGUCCCAAAUUCACUAUCAAAAUAUGUCCGUGGAGGAGUUGAUGAACCAGCAACUUGAUGACGCCGUUGUGCAGAUAGAGAAACGUUUUCAGUCUCGCUUGCGAAGACGCCGGGCGUUGCUGGAGGCCAAGGCCAAUGAGCCUUACUUCGCGACCUUUUGGAAGGUGAUUCAGAUCAUCACAGCCACCUGCUCUUGCGAAGGUUGCUGUGACUGAAAGCCAUCCGCCACGGAUGAUGGCGGGUCCAAGGUUGGGAGAGCAUAGCCGCAACGCGUUGAUGCUGCGGCGCCCUUUUUGUUGCGUUUGUUCAGAACUUCACAGAGAGUGCAGUCGCCGAUAGAUGGACUGCAUACUGCUACAUGUGCGUCACCGGCCAUGGACAAGAUGCAAAAGUUACACAGCGGUCGCCAGGACUUGCACCCCUAUGGCGGACGUGCAUGAACGCAUCAAGCAGCAGGCAAAGUUCAAGAGUGGCACUCAACUGCUGAGCCGAACAAAGCGAUUUCAUGAACAUGAGCUUUUGCCAGUGUUUUGAAGACUGGUUGGUUUUCAUGGGUUUGUUUUGGAAUGGGGUUUACCAUGUACAUUCCCUUAAUGGAGCAGCAGAUUCAGGAUGCCUUAUUUUGCAGGCAAAUCCCCAUCAGACCGUAGACCGUUUCCUGUGGCCUUCCAGUGCUUGUGGCAGGAAGUUAAAUGUUGG